AACAUCAAAUUUUCUCCUUCCCAGUCACUUCGUUCUCUCUCGCUCCUUCUAUCUUUCACCUAGCUGUUUUAGUACUUCGAAGCCAUGGUUGAGAAAUAUGGUGAAAGUAGUGAAAACCAUUUUUUCAAUGUUGAAGAAGGCAAACCUUCCUCCAAAACCAGUCAAGAACCAAGCGAUGGCUUUCUCUCUGUACCCUUUAUGCAGAAGGUUAUUGCUGAGGUGUUGGGGACAUAUUUCUUGAUCUUUGCUGGUUGUGGGUCUGUGAUUGUGAAUUUGAGCACAGACAAGCUGGUGUCAUUUCCGGGAAUUUCAAUUACUUGGGGACUGACGGUGAUGGUUAUGGUUUACUCUGUUGGUCACAUCUCUGGUGCCCAUUUCAAUCCUGCUGUUACUCUUGCUUUUGCUAUUACUCAUAGGUUCCCAUGGAAAGAGGUACCCGCAUAUAUUAUUGCUCAAGUCCUUGGAUCAACACUAGCAAGUGGUACCCUUAGGCUUUUAUUCCAACACAGUCAAGACCAUUUUGCAGGAACAGAUCCCAGUGGAUCUAAUUUGCAGGCUUUCGUGCUUGAGUUCAUCAUCACAUUUUACCUCAUGUUUGUCGUGUCUGGUGUGGCCACUGAUAGCAGAGCGGUUGGAGAGCUUGCUGGACUUGCAGUCGGCUCCACGGUUCUUCUGAAUGUGAUGUUUGCAGGGCCAAUUACAGGAGCAUCAAUGAACCCAGCAAGAAGCUUAGGCCCUGCAAUUGUCUGGAGCCAUUACAAAGGCCUCUGGAUUUACCUUGUGUCACCGAUUCUUGGAGCAUUAUGUGGUGCCUUAGUCUACAACGUUAUCAGAUUUACGGAUAAACCUCUCAAUGAGCUCGCCAAGACUAGUUCUUUCUUGAAAGGCGUCGACCGCAUAUAA